AAGAAAGAGAGGAAAUUACUUUGGAUUUAACUGAAACAUCAAUAAAGAUAAAUGAUCAAUUAAAAGCAAGGGUGUACAGUCUGGGCCCCAGGUUCCAGAAGUUGCCUAGUGUAACAGAAGGGAGAAAAGAUUACAUGCAUUGGGAAUAUUCCUGUUACUUUAUUUAAACAAUUUAACUGUAAUUCAAUAUAAAAGCUAAUUUAUUCAGUUUACUUUCUAUUCUGGCCCUGCUUUUUGGAAUGUUCCUCAAUGACAUACCCCUCAAAAAUUAAGUGCAGCCCUUGGCUUGAGAAAUAUUGCAUGCCCUUGGUUUAAAACAACUUUGCAUUGAAAUGCAUCAUAUCAAGAAUUAGAAAUAACUCUUGUUCCUUUUCUUGAAUUCAGUGAGUUGUACCAACAUUACUAUUAAUGUGAGAUGUCAAUAUUGUAUGCAGACUUCUGAGUUCAAAAAUUCAGACAUUUUUCCUUAUUUUUAAUCAGCUGAUGGAGUUUUACUGUCAAUCCUGUGAGACAGCCAUGUGCCAGGAAUGUACAGAAGGGGAACAUGCAGAACAUCCAACAGUCCCUCUUAAGGAUGUAGUAGAACAACACAAGGCUUCUCUUCAAACACAAUUAGAUGCUGUGAACAAAAGGCUUCCAGAGAUAGAUACUGCAUUGCAUUUCAUAUCUGAAAUUAUCCAUCAGCUGACCAACCAAAAGACCAGCAUUGUAGAUGAAAUUCAUUCUACUUUUGAUGAACUCCAGAAGACAUUAAAUGUUCGCAAAAGUGUGUUGCUUAUGGAACUGGAAGUGAAUUAUGGCCUUAAACAUAAAGUCCUGCAGAAUCAGCUUGAUACUUUAUUGGAGGGACAAGAAAAUAUUAAGAGCUGUAGCAAUUUUACUGCCCAAGCACUCAGUCAUGGAACUGAAACUGAAGUAUUACUUGUUAAAAAGCAAAUGAGUGACAAGCUGAAUGAGUUGGCAGACCGGGAUUUCCCUCUUCAGCCCCGUGAAAAUGAUCAACUGGAUUUUAUAGUAGAAACAGAAGGAUUGAAAAAAUCCAUUCAUAAUCUUGGUACUAUUUUAACCACAAAUGCAGUGGCUUCUGAAACAGUGGCCACAGGUGAAGGACUUAAGCAGACUGUGAUAGGGCAACCAAUGUCAGUCACCAUCACAACCAAGGACAAAGAUGGUGAGCUGUGUAAAACUGGAAAUGCUUAUCUCACAGCUGAGCUGAGCACACCUGAUGGAAGUGUGGCAGAUGGAGAGAUACUUGACAAUAAAAAUGGCACUUAUGAAUUUUUAUACACUGUCCAGAAAGAAGGAGAUUUUACACUUUCUUUGAGAUUGUACGAUCAACAUAUUAGAGGCAGCCCAUUCAAACUCAAGGUAAUUAGGUCAGCAGAUGUGUCCCCUACUACUGAAGGAGUUAAGAGGCGUGUUAAAUCUCCUGGCAGUGGCCAUGUGAAACAGAAGGCUGUAAAAAGACCAGCUAGUAUGUACAGCACUGGCAAAAGGAAAGAGAAUCCCAUUGAAGAUGAUCUAAUCUUCCGAGUAGGUACCAAAGGGAGAAACAAAGGGGAAUUUACAAAUCUUCAGGGAGUAGCUGCAUCUACAAAUGGAAAAAUAUUAAUUGCAGAUAGCAAUAAUCAGUGUGUGCAGAUAUUUUCCACUGAUGGCCAAUUCAAGAAUCGUUUUGGUGUACGGGGAAGAUCUCCUGGUCAGUUACAGCGGCCUACUGGAGUAGCUGUGCAUCCCUGUGGUGAUAUCAUUAUUGCAGAUUAUGAUAACAAAUGGGUUAGCAUAUUCUCUUCUGAUGGAAAAUUUAAGGCAAAAAUUGGAUCAGGAAAACUUAUGGGGCCAAAGGGUGUUUCUGUGGAUCGCAAUGGACACAUUAUUGUAGUGGACAACAAAGCGUGCUGUGUGUUUAUCUUCCAGCCAAAUGGGAAAAUAGUAACCCGGUUUGGAAGCCGAGGCAAUGGAGAUAAACAGUUUGCAGGCCCUCAUUUUGCAGCUGUCAACCACAAUAAUGAAAUUAUUAUUACUGAUUUCCACAAUCACUCUGUCAAGGUAUUUAACCAGGAAGGUGAAUUCUUGCUGAAGUUUGGAUCUAAUGGAGAAGGAAAUGGACAGUUCAAUGCUCCAACAGGAGUAGCUGUAGAUUCUAAUGGGAAUAUUAUUGUAGCAGAUUGGGGAAAUAGUCGAAUACAGGUUUUUGAUGGAAGUGGAUCCUUUUUAUCCUAUAUAAAUACAUCUGCUGAUCCACUUUAUGGCCCUCAAGGUUUGGCUCUUACCUCAGAUGGUCAUGUUGUAGUUGCAGACUCUGGGAAUCACUGCUUCAAAGUCUACAGAUAUUUACAGUAAUGGCUGGAGUUGGAUCACGCUUACAAAGUUACUAGCUGCUAAAGGCCAGUGUAGAUAACCUUCUGCUUCUUAAGUAUUUCUUCUAUUUCUUAAAUAUUUAAAAUUUAAAACUGAAGGAUCUCCAGUACUUUCAUUCUUUUAUUUUAUUCCAGACCUACCUUGUUUACAUAGGAUUUAUAUGCUCUGCACUGAACUUAUCACAAGGAUUAUUAAUAAAUAAGACCCUACUUCCCCCUACCACCCCCCCCAAAAAAACCUCAUAAAUCCAGUGGAAUACUAGAGAUAUAAACUGUGGCUUGUAAAGCAGACAUUUAUAUAUAUAUAUGACUGGAUAUAUUCAUGAAGGAGGGAGUGGAUUUAAGAAGAUACUUGAUUUAGAGGGAUUUAUUUAAGUGUGAAUGGGAGCAGUUGUUUAAAUUUUCACAUUUGAAAAUUCUUACUAUUAAUAAUGAUUUAAUCCAGCAGGACAUCUGGGAAUAUUCUAGAUCACAUUGUUAUAGUAGGUAUUUCACUUGUAUAACAUUAUUCAGACUUACUUAGUUAACUUUAGUAAGUAGUUCCUUUUAGUUAAAAAAAAAUGUGAGUAACCCUUUCUGUGUUAAUUGGCAGACCCAACAACUUAAUUUUUAGCAUUAUAAGAACAAACAGAAAUUUCCUGUGCUGUGUGGAUUGAUGUACAUAUUUAGCAACUUUUCUACUGCCCAAUAUCUUGUUGAGAUUUUCUUGAAACCUGAAACUUUACUCUGGAAAUGUAGGAUAAUGUAACUGCUGAUAGUUUGUAGAAUAAAGUUCCAGUUAACAGGCUAAUUCAUUAGAAAAUUUGGUGACUGUUAUAUCAGUUUAGCUAAUUUCACAACUGACAUUUAUGCUUCAUAUAAGUUCUUACAAUGAUUAUGAAAGCAGUCUAUUUUAUUCAAUUGCUUGUUUUUGCACAGGAAAACAGGCCUUAUGUGUAUCCCAUUAGAAGACUUGUCUUGUUAUAACCAAAGGAAGUUUGGGUAGGUGACAGAUUUUGGGGUAGAAGUCAAGGGUUACCAAAGCAGGGUGUUUUUUGUUUGGUUUUUUAAAUUUCAAAAAUAUUGUUGACUGUUGUAACAAUAUACAUACAUGGAGGAUAUUGAAGAGACUUAAUUAGUGUGAGGCUACAUUGGGAUCAUAAUUUUCAUCAUAAUAUAUGUGGAUAAUGUGAACAUUUUUAAAAAAGAAUUAUAACUAUAGGCAUUUUUGAUGUACAUGUUUAGCAAUUUUCCUAGUGCCAUUUCCUGAAACCUGAAAUUUUACUUCUAAAGCAACUGAGUUUCUUCUGUUAUGCCUGCUUCUUGGUACACGUCUUGUGAUUUCCAGUUAACCGGAUUCACAUCAGAGCACAAAGUAUGUUUAAAAGGCAUAAUUUUGAAUGAUAUUUAGACCAAGUAAGAAUAAAACUGCAAACAGCAAAUGAUGUGAUACAAUUUUUUUACCACCAGCUUUAUGCAGGUACUAGUCAGAAUGUUGUCAACAUCUGAAAUAAUCUUGUAUUUAUUUCAAUUAUGAUGUCAUCUAAAUAUUUCUCAGCUACAGUACUGGAAUAGAUGGAGCCCAAUAUCUUAUUUAAAAUACUGAAAUAAUAGAUCUAAUUGGAAGAAAUAAAAUAAAUUAUGUAGUUAAUACUGGUGCUAGUUAGUUGCCUAUGUUUUGAAAUAUAACACUGUUAAAUUUGAAAGAAGGAAAAUGAUUAAGUCACUCUUUCCUAAAGUAAUGAUAAAUAUUGUUUUAAUCCUUAACCAAUAAUUUCAAAUAAUAUUAUAAAACUAUUGUCUUAAAAGGAAUAAUGCCAAGAAUCUAAUUUAAGAGUUCUUGGAUAGACAAAGAAAUGUCUGCAAAGGCAAUAUACACUAGAUAUUAUUUGUCCUGGACACUGAACCCAACUUAAAAGCUGUUUGAAUUCUAGGGGGAACUGGAUUUACUAUUAUGUUUUUAUGUAUAUUUAUUAAUCAUAUGAACAACAACAAAAAUUGUA